CAGCCGUCUGUUUAAGUCCCGAGACGGCGGCCAGCCCAUUCCCAGGGCCAGGCCUCCUUCGGGAGCUCGAAGUGGGAUACCCGCAAGGUCACCCACCGUGUUGGUGUAACCAGGAGGAGAGGGAAUCGUUCCUGCAUUCGCUCUUCUGUGUUGCGAGUGAUGGUCUGGCCUCUUCCUUUAAGCAUACCGAUAAACAGGGAGUCUGAGGUGGCUCUUGCCUUCCCUCUGCAGAGCAGAGAAACAGCUCUUUGUUCCCUGCCAGCACCUCGAUGUUCUGUUCAUGUACAGUAAGCCUUUACUUUGAAAAUGCUGGCCUUUAUGGGAGACUGCUCAGAAUAUCCCUUACAAUUGAUAUUCAGUAAUUUCUUCUCUCCAGGCCAUGCUGCUUCAGCUGGAUUUCGGUGGGUUCGAAUUUUUUUUUUUUAAUUAUUUUAUCACAUUUCAGUGCAGUAGAAAGAGAUUGAGGGGAUCCUACUGGAGCACGUCUUACCAUGUCAACAACCUGAGGAGCCAGUCACAGUUUUUUUGUGCCUUCAGCAGGUAUCGGUUGUAUGCCACUACCUUGGCCGCUGUUGGUGUUAUUAGGCUAAUUAACUUAUCUUUUUUCAUAAACAAGGUACAGAGUAUUCUCUUUUUAGGAAAACAGGAAAAAAGAAAAAAGGAGAUAAUGUAUAAUUGUACCUCCUCACUGUUUUCUGCAAUGGGAUCCUCGAUGAGACACUUGUAUAGCAAAUAAGAUGUUAACAAAUUUUGGCCACUGUUCCUUUCCCAGUCUUUAAUAUCUGAUUUCUUAAUAGUUUUUGGAUCUGGAUUAGAAUUUAUCACAAGGUAAAAGACUUACAAACUGGCUGUUCUCUUCCUGCGAUCUCAAGGUGUCUUCUCUUUUGAAUGUCUCAAAGCCAAAGAAGUUAGAGAGCUCCAUGUAAUCCUCCCUUGAGGUAGUAUAGUCUAUACUCUUGUUAGGGUUUAGCUGUGCUCUUUAGGGGUUUGCUUCAUACUUAAUUUCUGUGGAAAAGGCUCUGUCUCUGUGCCAAGAUUUUUGCCCUCUGAAAAUGGCUUCUUAACUGUUCUUAGAACAACUGUGGUUGCUUAUUUCUUUAGUGUUCAUCUGUUCUUACUUGGACUUGGUCAGGUUGCAGUGACGUACCAAAGUUUGUUACAUUGCAGUAAUUCCUUAAAGAAAGUUUUAAAGGCAAGACUUCUUUUCCAUUCCCUUGUUGCUAUGUGUUUUUAUGUUCCUGAGUCAAACCCAAAGGGGGUUCCUUCCAGAACUGGCCUCCUUGUUGGCAGAUCUGAGGUGUGGGAUCUGUUUCUGGUUACCAUCUUCCUAAAGCUAAACUUCUGUGAAUGAAGAGUAGCACAGAAAAAGCAUAGAAUCUGCAUCCCGUUUUUGCAGUAAAGCCUCAAAAUAUUUGAGGGCUUCUUUAAAAUUAUUUGAUCCUUCCUGUCCACUGAACUAGACCAAGCAAACAAGUCUGGUCAGUUUUUUAAUUCCUCCUGACAUAGGCCAGCAUGGAUACCUGGUUGUGCUGCUGGGAUUUUUCAGGGGAAUGCUGACUAUGUAUGUUUGUACUCCAUCCCCACCCCCAAAUAAUUGUCACACAUCAUAACCAUUGGCUUGAGUGCUGUGCAAGAAUAUCCCUAAAGCCCAUUUUAGGAAGAUGGUUGAGCACAGUGUGUCUCUUUGGGCAAGGUGAGGGCAGCUGGAGACAAAGCAGCCUCUGACUAAGCUGCCAAUUAAAAACUGGAUAUUCUUCUUUCCCCUGGAGAGGUGUGGAGGCUACUAGAAGUGUGCUUCCUCUUAAAAUGUCUGUGGGAUUCAUCUUCUUUGGAUGAGUGACAGAGCGUAGUGCUGACAUACCUGGUUUGGGGUUUUUUUUGUACCCAGACAAACAUUGUUUGCAAAUCUUUGUAUAAUGGGAGAGUUGAGUGUUGCAGUUUUGCACUUUGCUUUUGUGGGUUGUCUCCAUUUUGGAGACUUCCUCACAAGACAGAGAGAGAGAGAGGAGGGAGGAUUACUUCGAUCUUUGGUAAGCAAUUUCAGUUUUUAUUAAGUAGGCACCUGAUCCUGGCCGAGCUCAUCUUUCCUCUGUGCCUGGGUAAGCGAUGUGACCUGCACUGGUCAGGCUGUUGGCAUGUGUGUAUUUUGUGACCCUAUGCAGAUUUACUGCUCCACUCUCCCCCCUCAGCAGACUUAAACUGAGAUUUUAUGCUUGUAGCUAGGCAGAGUCUCAACUGGGUACACUUAAUAAGAUAUGUGCCUGCCAGUCAAGGGGAUAAUAAAUACGGGCUGGCAGCUGGUGCCCCAGCACCCUCCCUCUCUCCUUCUCGUCCCUUCUGUGCUUGUGCCAGCAGGACGUGGCACCCGGCACAACCACCCAGCCUCCCAGAGGAGAGGCUGGCCCUGGCGUCCUGAGCGCGAGCAGGUCUCUGCACAAAGCUGCUGAGCAAGUCACGAGGCUGUUCAGGUGCUGCACUUGUGCUCUUGAGAGGCUGGUGCAGGUGAGCCGUGCUGGAAGCAGCCGAGUGCCAGGGCAGGAGAGGCCUGUUAGAUGUGCUGACAGAGCUCUGCCAGAGCGGACAGUGGCCUGCUGGGUUACAGCAGCAGUGCUUGGCAGCGAGGUCUCUUUGGAGUCAAAAGUUGUCUAUGUUUCUGUCAUUUUGUCACUUUUAAUACACGGCCCUGACUUGCUUGCUGGGAAGAGAGUAUGCAUCUGGAGAUCAAAGUUGCUCUUAACUUCAUCAUCUCAUACCUGUACAACAAGCUUCCUCGGAGGCGGGCAGACCUGUUUGGUGAGGAGCUAGAGCGCCUGCUGAAGAAGAAGUAUGAGGGUCACUGGUACCCAGAGAAACCUCUGAAGGGAUCUGGCUAUCGCUGUGUUCAUAUAGGGGAGACGGUGGAUCCGGUGGUGGAGCUGGCGGCCAAGCGGAGUGGGCUGGCUGUGGAGGAUGUGCGUGCCAAUGUGCCAGAAGAGCUGAGCGUCUGGAUCGAUCCUUUUGAGGUUUCUUACCAGAUCGGUGAGAAGGGCUCUGUUAAGGUUCUCUACCUAGAUGACAGUGAGGGCUGCAGUGCCACAGAGCUGGACAAAGAAAUCAAGAGCAGUUUCAACCCCGACGCCCAGGUAUUUGUCCCUAUCGGCAGCCAGGACAACUCGCUGUCCAACUCUCCGUCCCCUUCCUUUGGCCAGUCACCCAGCCCCACCUUCAUCCCUCGCUCUGCACAGCCCAUCACUUUCACCACUGCCACCUUUGCUGCCACCAAGUUCGGCUCAACCAAGAUGAAGAAGGGUGGAGGAGCCGGAGGAGGGGGCGGUGGAGCAGGGGCUGUGCAGCAGCCGAGAAUGGUCAGGUCUCCCACCACCAACCUGCUGAAGCACAAGGGCCUCUCCCUGUCUAUGCACUCUCUGAACUUCGUCGGGAGCGCUGGGAGCCAAGCCCCACAGUCACAGCUCUCCCCCAAUGCCAAGGAGUUCGUUUACAGUGGCGCCUCGCCAGGAGCCAGCAGUCUCUUCUUCGAUGGUGUUGCCAGUGAGAGCCAGGCCAGCAGCAUCCCGCCAGCAUCGCAGUUCAACGCCAGCACAGGUGGUACCUUUGAUAUGGCUCAGGUCUUCGGUGGCAGCACCAAUAGCCUCUUUUUGGAGAAGUCUCCCUUCGUGGAAGGACUCAGCUACAACCUGAAUGCCAUGCAGUAUCCUAGCCAGUCGUUCCAGCCUGUCGUUCUGGCCAACUGAAUAUAAAGGAAGGAGAGUAUUUUGGGGCAGGGUGGGAGGGGGGAAACAAGAACAAAACAAACAAGAGGGAGAGAAAAGAAAAAUAGAAAUAUACAGAAAAUAUUAAAACCUUACAAAUAUAGGUUCUUGGGAAAAGAGAGAGCUCAGUGUUGUUGCGCUGUGCUGGUAACGCUCCUGAAGCACUGAAUUGUUUUUUAACUCAGUACCUGUGCUUUUUUCCUACUCACUUUUUUACUCCUUAAAAUGAGUCUUGGGCUUUUUUUUUUGUUUGUGUUCCCCCUUCCCCCACCCCAGCCCAGGACGGGUGCAAUUGUAGGUCACAAAGUUCCUGAUUCCCUGCACCACCCUCUGCCCCACGCUGGCCACAGGGUCCUUCUACCUGGGUGUAGGGAUAUCAUCUUCAUACCACUGUGCUGGAGGAGGGACAAGAAGAGGAUGAGUCAGUGUUGGUGGGGACACACACUCUUGUUGCAUGCUAGCCAGAAUGGGUGGGUGAGCUUGCUUUUUCUGUUAUAGCUCCGCAUGUAGACGGAGAACAUUGCCUGUGCCCACGGGUGCAGACUAUUGUGUUGUUGUGGCUCCAGCCCAAGCUGGCAUCAGCUGUUCUGUCUGUGUGCUGAAAAGCACUAACUCGUCUCCUUGACCAUCUCCCAGCACGUCACAGUCAGGGCAGAGCAUUACUGUGAAAUGGCUUCUUCCUGCUCCCUUCCUCUUCUGCACUUCAGCUGUGGCUACAGGGGGACAGACAGCUCUUUGAGCUUAGUGGCUCUGGUUAUUGGACCUUUAUGUACCUGAGCAAGAGGGCCUUUUUAUGCUCUCUCAAGGCUGCCCGGUCUGCUGGAUGACAGCCCCUGUGGUGUAGAAACACCGCCUGCCUCUCUGGCUUGGGGGAGGUGGCACUGAACCAGCUGGACCCCACUUGGAUCCUGCCCCCACUUCCCAGAUGUCCUCCCCAGCAGCAGGGGCCAACAUCCACUUGGGGUGGCCUCUGAGGUCAGAGUUCUCAUUAUCUGCUGUGAAUUCAUCUUCUUGUCUCAGAGAGGAAAUUCCUUCCUUUUUAUUUAGUGAGGCAGCACAACUUUUCAGGAAGAUAGGGUGAUGUUGUUGAAGCUGCUGUCUUGAGUGGUAGCAUAAGGGUUUAUGCUUUCAGACAGGUAUGCACCUGACUAAAUCCCUUCCCUUGCCUUUCUGGAGAAGCGUGAGGAGGUAGCUGAUCCAGUGAGAAAAGGAAGCACCUAUCUUAAAUUCCUUAUUCCAGCCAGAUCACAUCAGCAUGGACAGCAGUAAGCUUAGGGCAGAGCUGGGAUGGGCUCUCCAAAGGCAAGUGGUCAUCUCAGCCUGUAAAUGUAUGGUGCCUCUUCACAGCAGGGAUGGGAUCUGGGACUCUGCAGCUUUCUCCAGGGUGAUGUGCUGCAGUCAGGCAGUAGUGGCUGUCCAGCUUGAUCCCUUCUGUGUUGAGGACUCCAAAACUCACCUUCACAGAAAGCUAAAGGAGGGCUGCUUCAUGCCCAGAAAGGGUGGUGGCUUUUUAGGUGGGAAGGGUGGUCUCCUUGGAGGCUGCUGUGUGGUCAUGGAAGUGUGCAAAGAGGAGAGAGAUGGACGUGAUGAAGCUCCAGUCUUUGAAGUUCUCAGUUUAAAUGAAAAAUAAGCUUUUGCUGCUUCCCAAACUUGAGGUUUGGUUUUCUUUUAAUGAUGCUUCUUGGAGCACAGUCUGAAAUCCAUUCCUCCUGCACUUGUGGAACCAAUGUGCUCUUUCAAGAAAUCUGUUUCAGGUGAGAUGAGUUUGACCAUGAGCUUUUCCUGCCCCCUUCCCUGAGACAGAGGCACUCUAGCCCUUUUGUAGUUGUGUUGCCAGUGAGCAUUUGUAGAAGGUAAUGGUCUGUCCCAGGGAAACUGCCUGAGCCCAAGAGCUCUCCAGGGAGAGUUUCCAGUGCACCUUUCCCUGUUGGGUGAUGGGGUGUACAGUCCUGACCAUGUGCCCAGCAUGGGUUCCCAAGCAGGCUGCUUGCUCUUGAGCUAUGACCAAUGCAGCAGCUGGGUGAGGAGAGCAGAGCCCAGCCAGUUUCCCAAAGCUGGUGCCCCCAGCCUCAACCCUGCAGGUUUCCAGACUAAGACAAAUCGAUGAGGAAUGGCCUGGCUGUUGUGUUUCCCUUUUUUCUUUCCUUUGAACCCACUGCUUUUAAUGGAAGCUACCACUGCCGUGAAGUUCUCCUCCCCAACAGGGUGCUCUGGAUGCCACCCCACAUUCUGCACUGGACUCUUAGGGGUGCUCAGCCCCUGAUGGCAGGACCUGGUCCAGUUUCCCCCCACUAUCCCCACAUCUGGCAAAGUCACCUGUGAGCCACUGCUGUGAGACAGCUUGCUCUCCUCCAGCACAGGGAGGGAGGGAAGAAGUGGGGAUGUCCCCUGUCCACUGCUUAUGUGUGUGAAGCUUUGAUGCUGCUUUGCCCUGCCACACGUAUUAUACCUGCUUUAAAAAUAGUGGUGUGAGUGGAAGGAGGAAAAGAAGAGGGACCAACCUCUUUGCAUCUUAAAAGGAAAAAAGUGUGCUUCAGAAAUGUUCCUCCAGCAUCAGGCAGCAAUGGAAACUAAUGGCCUUUUCAGGUCUUUUCUAGUCUUGGAUGUAGGCGUUCAGCUUCAAUUUUAUUUUUUAAAAACCUGCACUAAUUUACCUGGUUUCUUAGGAAGAGAAGAGAGAUUUUUUUUUUUUUAACUUUUAUUUUUUAUGGGUUUAUGUUCUUUUUGUUGAUGUCCGUUUGUAUUGAAUAAUUUGCUACAUUUGUAAAAUGUAAGAGGUAUAUAUAAUAUAUGUAUAUUUCUAACGUAAAAAAAUGUAAUUUUUUUCUUUUCAAGAUUUUUUCUUAAAAAGAGGAGAGAAAAAAUAUUUUUUCAGGAAAAAACUUUAAAAAAAAAAAGAAGUGGUGAAGAUUCCUUUCUCCCCACUCAGCCUCCCUUUCCUCCCGCCCCUCUCCAAGGAGUGAAUCAACAGUUGCCUUGUGGGAGAGGAGUGAAAGAGGAUAGAAGUCUGUAUGUCUCUGAGUAGAGGGUUUCUGCGUGUGCUCUGCUUGGGGUUUUUUGGAAAAGGGGACUACUGAGAGGGGGAACCAGGGGGUUGCUGUCUUUUUCUUUUUUUUUUCUUCUUUUUUUUUUUUCUUUAGCGAAGGAGGAAUACAAUCAGAGUUUUGUAUUCAGAAUGUUGUGCAAUAUUUUGGAACGGGAUAUUGGUGUGUCUAGAGAUUUAGUUAAAAACAAACAAAAAAACCCACAAAAAGGUUGAUCAAAUCUGUACAGUUUCUAUUGUUCCAGAUUUUUUUAAGUUUGUAUUAAAAGCAUGAUAUAAUAA